UAUACCUCAAUGUAGAGGACAGAAUGGUACUCACCAAGGACGAAAAAGCUCUUCACGACCAGGUAAAUAUCCUGCCUCGACGACAAUUAGUUACCGCCCUCGCUACCCUCUCUGCGGCUUUACUACUCGUCACAAUUGAUCAAAAUGGCAUAUCAGUGACUAUCCCCACCAUUGCGAAAGACUUAGACGCCGGAGCUACCAUCUCAUGGGCUGGCACAUCCAGCUUGAUUGCCAAUACUUGCUUUCAGAUGCUCUACGGAAGACUUUCUGAUGUUUUUGGUCGCAAGGUCAUUUUCGUAUCUGCAGCGUUAUUGCUCUGUGUCGCAGAUUUGCUCUGCUCGUUGAGUCAGAAUGCGAUUAUGUUUUACGUCUCUCGGGCCAUCGCCGGUAUCGGCGGCGGUGGUGUUCAGAACCUUGUCAACAUCAUCAUCUCGGAUAUCGUCACUCUUGAGCAGAGAGGAAAAAUCCAAGGAGUUGUUGGAGGAACUGUUGGAUUGGGUAAUGUAAUCGGACCCUUCAUUGCCGCCGGUAUCAUGCAAAAGUCAUCAUGGAGAGCGUUCUUCUGGCUUUUGACCCCGUUGUCGUUCAUCACCGCGGUUUUGGCCUAUAUCUUUCUCCCCUCAAAGCCCCCGACUAUUGGCUUUUGGGAAGGAAUUUCCAAGAUUGACUGGGUGGGUUCACUGGUAUCAGGCGCUGGUAUUGUACUGCUUCUGAUCCCUAUCUCCGGAGGAGGUUCAUAUUUCUCAUGGGACUCGCCACUAUCGAUAAGCUUCCUUGCAGUUGGCGGUGCGCUGUUCAUAGCCUUUAUAGCAUGGGAAUGGAAGAUGGCAAAGCUUCCAAUGAUGCCCAUUGACAUCUACAAGAACUCAAGCCUGGCUAUUAUGCUUGCCCAGAACUGUCUGCUCGGUGCUGUUUACCAGUCCUACCUCUACUACGUUCCACUUUAUCUCCAAAACCCUCACCAGUACAGUGCGAUCAAAUCAGCAGCUGUUUACACCCCAUUGGUGGCAGCGCAAAUGAUUGCUUCUAUUGGUUCGGGACAAUACAUCAGUCGCCGUCUCCGAUACGGCGAGGUGAUCAUAUUCGGUUUUGCUAUCUGGACUUUAGGGGCAGGCCUUGCGCUACUAUUUACAAGACAUACUAGUCCAGCCGUUAUCGCUGUGAUACUAGCCAUUGUCGGAACAGGAGUCGGGUGUAUCUUUCAACCUACCCUGAUCGCACUACAGGCACAUUCGCCGAAGAGCCGUCGCGCAGUCAUCAUUUCUAACAGGAAUUUCUAUCGUUGUAUCGGAGGGGCAUGUGGUCUUGCUGUCUCUGCAGCAGUGCUUCAAGCUCAAUUACGCGCUACUCUACCAACAGAGUACAAGGGCCUUGCCAGUUCGACAUACGUGCUGCCGGAGUCGAUGCGCCGAGUUCCUGCGGUUUUGGAUGCCUACAUGUCUGCAAGUCACAGCGUGUUCAUACUGCAAGUUCCUUUAAUUGGGCUAUGCUUACUUGGCACGGCUUUUAUCCGAGACCGAGGGUUAGAGCCGGUGAAGGAUACGUAA